GGUAUCUUCCCCCAGCGGUAACGAGAAAGAAAGAAAAGAGAAAACCGAAAUCCUCUUUCCUUUUCCUCCUGCUUCACCCCUCCUAAAACUUGUAGAAGGAAAAAGGAGGUAAACGAAACAGCAAGAGUAAAAAACCAUGGACCAGAUCCAAAGUAUAAUCGAUGGCUUCAUCGACUUCGAAGGCCAACGUCUCGCUGAAACCCUAACAACUGCAAUCCUCGUUCUCGCAGGUGUACUAGCUUUCAUAGUCGGUUACGUCCUGUCGGACCUCAAAUACACUGUUUAUAUCGGGCUCAGUGGCACGGUGAUCGCGUUCCUGGUGGUGGUCCCGCCGUGGGGUAUUUACAAGAGGAAUCCGUUGACGUAUUUGCCCGCCAGCGGGGUGCAGGUUCAGAUGGUUGAUGGGGAUGCUGAUGGUGGGAAGGAGAAGGAAGGGAAGAAAGUCAAAUGAAUGUCGGGGCUAGGGGGAGGGGCUCUUUCGGCUGUGUUGGAUUGUGUUGGGCUGGAUCGGGUUUGAAAUCUUUGCUCUGUUUGAUGGGAGGAGGAAGAGCAAGGGGAAGGAACCCUCUGUAGGAUAGUUAUGGAGGAAGUACGAAGCAGAGUGAAGGCUGGCAAUAGAAACUUUGCUGUCGGAUAUUA